AUGUCCGUGCCCGGUGUGGGUGGGGCUCCGCGAGUAGUAAGCUUUCAGCAGCAGCUGCCUGUACAGCAAGCGCCCGUCGCCAAAGAACCAGUCCACAUCCUGCCGGGUGCACAGAGAGCUCUCCAGAGCCCAUGUCAAGCAUGUCAAGCAUGUCAAGCGCAUCAAGCACAGGCAAUUCAGGCCUUCGAGGCCAGGCGGCUGGUUGCACGCGUUGGGGAGGCUUCAGCGCCUGUGAGCAAGUCGGCUGCCCGUACAUUACGCUUCGCUGAUGAAGCUCCCAGCGGUCCUACCCAUUUACAGGCACAAAGCCUUCCUGAAAACGGCUUACCGCAGGACCGAGCAGCUCCAAAGUCUGUGCUCAGGCGAUCGCAUCAAGCGGGCCGAUCUGCUUGCGAAGCUGGCGAAGCUCCUAUCACCGCGACCGCGCCGAGUGCACCAAGCGCUGGUGCCUCGAGCACUUGCACAGCGCUGGCUUGCAGGAGUGGAGUUCGUAGGGGCUCCGAUGCAGCCGGCAACCUUCCCAAGCAAAAUGGGACACCCGCCCCCGCCUCACAAAGGCGGCGACCACUGCCUGAGCCAGAGCUAUUGGUCGUGAAGUUCCUGUACCUGUCACGGCUACCGAUCGGAAGUUGGAUGCAGAACCCCGCCCAGUACCAACUGAGCCUUCAUGUCGGCGAGGAUGCCCGCAGCGACCCUCCUCAUCGACCAGGUCCGUUCUCUACCCCUUUCGUGCAGGCCGGGCCGCCACAGGCUGUGCCACCAGAGGAGGCGCAGCUGAAGCAAAAGAUUGCAGCAGCCGUCGAAGCAAUGGAAGCAGGCCAUGGCCAGGCAGGCAGAGCUGGGCCAAGCACAGAAUGCCGGUUCAAGACUCGCGUUUCAGUGCGACUUAGCGAAGCAGGGCCUGGGCCAGCGGCGGGAGGUCCAGUAUACUUCCGCGUAGAUGCUUGGUCGCUGAACCCCGGCCUGUUUGGGAGGCCGUCUCAGCCAGAGCUUUUUGGGCGUGCCUUCGUGCCCAUCAACGACAGCAAGUAUCACAGACGUGCCUGUACCUGGCCGAUGAUCGACGCCGGCGGCAGUGAUGUGGCCUAUGUCACCUGCGAGUUUUCGUUUGCCAGAAUUCCUGCUCCGAUCCACGAUCUGCAUGUAGAUAGCAUGGUGGCGAACGACGUCAAGCUGGCGUGGUCGCCGCCAGCUGUUGAAGAUCGCGUCGUCCCACUGAAGGGCUAUCGUGUAGACUCUCGACUUCUGGGCCGUAGCAACCGCCCUGGGUCCAGCAGCGGCUGGGUGCAUGCUGGAGAUGUGCAAGCUCGCGAGUGCAGCUUUGAGGCUUUGGGCUUGAAGCCGGACAGUCUCUACGUCUUCCGCGUGUGUGCAGUUAAUGAGGUUGGCCUAAGCGAGCCAGAAGAGCUGGAGGUGCAAACAGGUCCCUGUGCACCUGCUGGUUGUGGACAGCCGCGAUUGGCUGGUUGCAGUGGACCUGUUUUAGCUGUGGAGUGGGACCCCCCAAUGUACGAUGGCGGUGCCAACUUAGUUGCCUACCGUCUUUGGGUUAGACCUUUCUCUGCCACUGACGCAGCUCCAGAGGAGUGGUUGGAAAUAGGACACGUAAAGCACAGCGCCGGCAGCGUGCAGCGUGCGGAGAUUCACACAGAGGAGUUUGACCAGAGGAUCGGCCGAUAUCUAUGCCGUGUUGCAGCCAUCAACGCUGCCGGCGAGGUUGGACCGGCCACUCCUGAUGCUGUCUCGCUGACCCUCCCGAACCCGUGCGCUGUCUCUCGUCCGACGCCUGCUGCAACACUGCCACUGGCUCUAUCAGAUCGACAAGGUCCCUUUGGUGCUGACAUGUGGAGCAGCACCACGGGGAACAGUCUUCUGACAAUGACCAUCAAUGAGCCUGGAAAGAGAAAAGUCACAGUUCCGCUGUUCCAGGAUGGCGUCUCUUCAAUGGACGUCCCACUGGGCUUUUUUGGUGGACAUGAUGGAGCCAGGCAAAGCUCACUCACUUCUGAGCAAGCCUCUGCGAACGGAGCAGGCCAUGAUCUGGCACUACCUGAACAUUUAGACGCAUGUUCAGCUUGGCCUUCUGACCUGGAAAGACGUUGGUAUCAUGAGGAGGCCUUUGGCCCUGACCUGGGCUUCCAGGACCCCCUCUCGCAGCGUGCUGUAGUGCCUUACAAGGCUGCACCUUUGCAGAACAACGAAGUGCUCGACCAGGAGGUUUUGCAAAGCGUGCUGGAGGAAAAGAGGGCCUUGCUUGAUGCCAGCCUGCAGAACUUCCAGCAGCUGACCGACCAGCUGAGCCGAAGCCCCGAAAACGAGGCACUACGCCAGCGGCAAGAAGAAGCUGAGAUUCAGGCUGCUGGCCUCCAAGCGGAGGUAGCUGUGGUGUCUCAAAAGCUACGCGAGCAGCGUGAGGUAAUGACAGAGGUGCUGCCGUACAACACGGGCAACGAUGACUUACACGAAUUGACAGUCCACUCUUUCAAGCGCGAUGUAGAGAAGUUCCGCCGAGAUUACGAAGAGCGUGGGCCCAUGGUGAAAGGCAUCCGACCUGGCCAGGCAGUGGAGCGGCUGAAGCGCUGCAAAGAGGAAUACGAGGUACACGGUCGCAAACGCCAGAUCUUUGCCCUUGGUGAAGAUCUAUUCGGCCUUCCUCACCAAACUUAUCCGCAGCUUGACCAAACGGAGAAGGAGCUGGACUACUUGAGCCAGCUUUACGAUUUGUACACAGCAGUUCUGGAGACUAUUGGCCGCUGGAAGGACUAUCUUUGGGUUGAGGUUCCUGCUGAGAUGGAGAAUAUGAAGAAGGAGGCGGAUGAGCAGGUAGUCUCGAGCAGAGUGGAUCGAAUACUUGCACACAGGCUGACCAGUUCGCGUGGCUGGCCCAGACUAGUGCAUUUCAGAGACAAAGGAAUGCAGAAUGAGUUCACGGCCGCAUUGCGCAAUGAAGUGAUAGAUACCGGCAUUGUGAAGUCAAUGCCGUCAAUUUCCCAGAAAGAAGCCAGUCUGACGCUUUCAAAAGCAAGUGGAACAAGCUUGGGAUUGCCAUUGGUUCUGCAGAAGUCUUCUUCUGAAGGCUCCGAUGCAAGAAGAUGCCUGGACAAUUGCGAGAGUGGUGCGAAGCUUUGCCGCGUAAUUCAAGAGGAAGUUCUGGUCGAUCCCCUAAGCUUCGCUAGGCCAGCGUACCACGAGCUCAAAAUGGAGAUCGAAGGCUUCCAGCAGGCCAUCCAGUACUGCAAGUUGCCGGAAGUGGCUUUGAACCCUAUAGAUGGCUGUCCUAGUGGGACCUGGCAGGUGCUCCCCUUGCUCAUGGAGCUCUCCAAGAAGAGUAUCCAGCAACGUCACUGGCAGCAGGUGAAUGACAUCACAGGCAAGGACUUGCAGGUUGAACGAGAGGACUUCAAGCUUCAGUCUCUGAUCGAUGCGAAACUCAAUGAGUUCAAGGACCUGGAUGAGAUUGUGGACAUUACGGAGUCCGCCGACAAGCAGCAAAUCAUCGAGGAAAAGUUGGCAGACAUCACAGCUCAGUGGAGUACCAUGUCCUUCGAAUUUGCUACUUGGAAGCGUGAGGUGCCCUGCGUUCUCGUCGGCCACAAGGUCACUGAAGUGCAGGAAUCUUUGGAGGAAACGCAGAUGUUUCUCAACGCGAUGAAUGCUCAGCGCCAAUCUGGGCCUUUCAAGGAAGAGCUCAUGGUGCCAGACCCGGCGGAGCACAUGGCCUUGCAGUUCCGACGAGACCGAAUUACAUCAGAGUUCCUGAGCUUUGGCAAGCAUGUUGAACAGCGCGAAAGGAAUUUGACUUUCACAGCGGAAGAUUACGAGAUCAAGUUUGACCAGUUGUCAGAAGGGGAAGAGGAGGAUCAGUUCACAGGCAAGUUUCGAGUGCGCAGCCGUUCGCUUCCAGCUCGUGUAUCUCGUCAGGAAGCCAGCUCCUCAAGGCGGUCUUCGACUGUCAGCCAUCACAGCACAGGUGCUCCGGGAUCGUCAAGAGAUCAAGCAGUGAACGCCUCCUUAUUGGAGAACGUCAGGCAGUGCCCUUCCGAUGAAGGUGGCAAAAGUGUCCACCAGAGCGGAGGUUUUGCGCAUGGCCGGGCUUCAAAAGAUUCUCAAGACGCUGUCUGGAACAGUAGAAAGGCUUCCACAAGGAGGGGCAGCAGCUUGUCGGAGAAAGGUGCUCCUGCCACGGCAAAGCUGCAAAGGACCUCACGGGCUGGAGCACAGGAAGCAUCUAGCGGCUGUUCGCAGACAGAGGGCUCUGAGAUCUGGGACAGCAAGUCUGGCGAUGUACGGAUGCACAACAAACGCUCGAAGAAGGACUCAUCUAAAGGGCUGCGACCGGCCUCGAGGAGUGACAAUCGCAACAGCAAGGCAGAGUUCUGCAUCGCAGUGCAGCCAGUGACAGCAUAUGCAACAGGGCGACCAGACAUGGGAAACGAACUGCUGGACCGGCAGCUGCACGUUGAGAUUCGAACUUGGGGUCCUGAUACAAAUGAGGACCCCUUCAGCCACGGCUGCAUAGUAUGGGCGGAUGCUGAAAGGAUGGAGAUAUAUACAAUGCCUGGCGAGUCUGAGCUGCACUUCGAGAUUUGCAGACGCGAAGGUGGUGAAGUUUGUCCGCCAGAGGGCUUCACACACGCGAAGGUUGCGCUUGAUGGAAACUUGGAGGAUGGCAGGAGGCAUGAGCUGCAGGUCAACGGUGCUUGCCUCGUGGUGGACAUUGCGAAAAAGCCGUUGCUCUCUCAGCCUGCCAAGAAGGGUGGCCUCACAUGGGAUCCAAAUUUACAGGAAACUCGGCAGUUCGCAGGAAAUCAUGCUUCUCGUCGCAACACGCCUUUCCUUGCCCGGCAGGCUUCCAUUCAGGAGGAAGAACCCCCUAUGAGUGCUGACGAGCAAAGCUCUGCCCGGAGCGGAACCAAGGAAGAUGCCAGUAGGGCAGCCGGCCCGAGCAACCUCUCUCAGCCGAUUUCCAUGCAGCUAGAUUUGCCGGAGGCUAGGCGCGCUACAACGCACCUUGACAGGACUCUGCAAGAACCGGGAAGUGCUCCCAGAGCAUCGCAGGGACCACGUCGCCUGACAGCUCCAGCUGCACCAAAGGAUGCAGGAUCCAGCGGAGCCAGCUCCGGAAGCUCAGAACCUGUGAAAAAGCGGCGCAGCUCCAGUCAGCGCUGGAGGAUCUUUCACGGGCAGGAGAAGGAUAGCUGGCGUGACCCAAUCAGCAGCAUUCCAGACGUGCAGGAAAGCAUCGAAGAGUCUAGCUUGGAGUCUCCUUUUGCAGAUUCUGCUUUGGCAGUCACGUUUUGUGGUUUGUGUGAGGAACUUGGUGCCAUGGAUUUGACAAACGCAGAAGGAAUUACAGGCAGAGACCGGACAACACUCUUGGUGCUUCUGGAGCAAGCAGAGCAUUCUGUGACAGCCGUGAGACGUCAAAAGUCGGCAGCUGAUGCAGCAACAAUGCCGAGACUGCUGGCAAGCCUCAGUGCGGAGUUUGUGCUGCAUGCACGAGAGAUUCGCGGAGGACACUUGCAGACAGUUUGCGAAGAGCCGGUGCUGCUCCUGGUGUUGCGACGACUCAUAGAGGUAUUGGAUACUCUCGUGCCGCAAGAGGACGGCACUGCAGAUGCAGUUGCUUUUGCAGCCCCAGAUGCGCAGGUCAUGGGUGGCGAGGCUACCUUACAAUAUACCGAGUCUGUGUUGGAAUCGCUACGGCAGGCAUUUGGACCGCAUGGGUUCCUUCCAGAAUGCAUAUCAUGCUUGGGAAGGAACUUGAAUAAGAAGGAGCUUCAUGAACGAAAGCUGGGGUCCUUCAUUGAUCAGAUGGACAUUCUCGCCCUGUUGGCUCUUCGCCUUGCAAUGCCUUGGGAAACCCCCUCGACAGUGCCCAGGCCAGUGGAUAUAGCUCAGCAGAAUGGGGUUCAGGCAGUGCUAGAAAGAUUCGUCGAGCUUCUAGAGCAGAUCAAGUCCGGCAGCGGCAAGGCUGUGCAAGGAAUCCUGGGACAGCUGGCGUUGGUUUUAGAUACCUUGUUCAUCAUGCUUCGGUCCGACUCUGGCUUGGAACGCCUUUGUGAUGCCACGCUGCUCACAUCGCAUCGGUGGCAGCGGCAGUGGCUCAAUGGCUCCCCUGGCUUCCCUGUACGCAUUCUCACGCUGCUUUUGGAUGCGGCAGCAGCGGAUCUUUUUGCCCUGGUGGACAGAUUUGUCAAGGCAUGUUGCCAAAUCGUGUCUGAUGCCACGCUGACGACGCGCCUACUACUGGCGCUUGUAGACAUGGUGAAAACUCCCAGCAAACCUCGUACCUGGUUCGGAAGCGUCACAGAGGCAUCGAAUUUGAGGAGAAAGCUGCGGAGCAGUUUCAUCAGGAGCAAGAUGCCAAGUCAAGUUGCUAUUGCAGCAAAGGAGAAGCUGGAAAGCUUGCUGCAGGAUUCGCAAAACUCCAGUGAAGUCUCGCUGGCUCGCGUCGGUGUCCCCCUGAGCAAAGCUCUGGCAAAAAGAGCCAGGCAGGUCAUCGCAGCAGGUGCAUUCUACGACGCUGUUGAAGAGUUUGUCUAUGAGGUUUAUGGCACAUCCUCUGCGUUGGACGAUGAAAUGUCAGACCUGAGGUCGGCAUACGAAGACCUUGAUGCCAACGGCUGUGAUGAUGGAGAAGAAGCUUUCGGAGAGCAUCGGAGUGAGGGCCAGUCCCUGGACACCGCGGACACGAUUGAGCGGUGGUUCAAGGUGCAGCAAAUGUGGACAUCUUUGGAGAGCGUUUUCACAGGUGGAGACAUUGCAAAGCAGAUGCCUAUGGAGGCAAAAAAGUUUCUACAGAUCGACAAGGAUUGGCUGAAGAUCAUGCACAAGUCAGCAGAGACCAUGAAUGUGGUGGAUUGCUGUCAAAACGAGCUCCUUCGCCAGAUGAUGCCAGUGCUGUUGACUGGCCUGGAAACAUGCCAGAAGCUUCCUGCUUAG